AUGGCGAUCGCUAUCAGACCCGUCGUCUCGCCAGCAUUAGCUGGGUGCUGCACCAUCUUCAGCGUGUUCGGGGUGGUAAUCUUAGUCGCCUUCGGCCUCUUCUACGGUGCCCACGUCGAAGCUCUCACCGGGUCAGAAGAGGACCCUACCGAUCCCGAUGCCGUCUCGCGGGCGUGCUAUGUCGCUGCGGCGAUCUAUGCGGGCUUUAUCGGAUUCUGCGGGUUACAGAUGGUUGUGCAUCAGAGAUAUCCGAGAGGGGUGCAGCUGUCAUGA